CUCGACGGGGGCCUGUGUUAGGUGACCCGCAGAGGCUGCUGGGAGUUACCGGACCGAGCGCGAGCGGGAGGCUGGGCGCAUCCUGCCUGCCGGAGUGGGGCAAGAGUGAAAAUGGCCUCGAGACGAAUUACACGGGAGACUUUUGAUGCUGUGGUGCAAGAUAAAGUUAAGAGGUAUCGGAUGGACCGAAAUGAUGCUAUAGAAGAGACAAUCCAUCAUUUUAAAGCUCAUUCAAGAUCAGUUUCAAGACCCAGGUAUGAAGACAGUUUUCAUGAUGAUGGAAGAUAUUCACAUGAUGGUCCUCAACACCAUCCUCAUAACGACUGGAGAGGAGACACUAGAGAGGACUAUCCAGGGCCUUCUUAUAGAUCUAGUAGCCCUCUCAUGAGGAAAGAUGAUUACUACCAUGACCACUAUGGCCGCCCUGAUUCUCGGGACCGGGACUAUGGCCGCCCUGAUUCUCGGGACCGGGACUAUGGCCGCCCUGAUUCUCGGGACCGGGACUAUGGCCGCCCUGAUUCUCGGGACCGGGACUAUGGCCGCCCUGAUUCUCGGGACCGGGACUAUGGCCGCCCUGAUUCUCGGGACCGGGACUAUGGCCGCCCUGAUUCUCGGGACCGGGACUAUGGCCGCCCUACCUCUCGGGACCGGGACUAUGGCCGCCCUCACCCUCGGGAAUCCUCCAGAUUGCAUGACACUGACUUUGGCUCUUCUGAGCUCUUGGGUGAUUUUAGGUCACCAGGACUUGUGGAAGAGGAGUAUGGGAACAUAGAAAGUCAGGAUUAUGACCUGGAGUAUGGACUUCAAUCUGAGAGUGAGUUCAGACCGCCAAUACGCAGAGGCAACAUCAGUAGAGGAAGGAUUCUGCGAGGAAAAAAUAUUACAAGAGGCCUGAUUAAAAAUAAAAUCUUUAAAGGAGAUAUCAAAACUCCUCUAAAGAAAUGGAACACUAAAAAAACACUACCAAUGACUAAUCAGAAGUCAACUCUGCAACCUGAUCAGAUGCCAGAAACUACAGACCGUCCUAACCAGAGGUCAGCAAUUGCCCAGCGCCUUAAUCAGAAACUAAUCCUACGACCUAAUCAGAGGCCAACUGUGACAACCCAAAGGCCUGUCAUCCGAAUUCGUAAGUCUGAACAUGUUCUGAGACACCUUAAUUUUGAUCUUGUGGACAAGUCUGACAUAUUCUCAACCUUUGGAAUAGAAAUAAUAAAAUGGGCUGGAUUUCACACAAUAAAAAAUGAUGCAGAAUUUCAGCAGCUGUUUGGGGCCCUCUUUGAGCUAGAGACAGAAACGUGUGCAAAAAUGCUUGCUUCAUUCAAAUGCUCACUAAAGCCAGAACACAGAGAUUAUUGUUUCUUUACCAUCAAAAAUUUACAACAUGCUGCUUUGAAGACUCCCAAAGUAGACAAUGAGUUCUUAAAUAUGUUGUUGGACAAGGGUGCCAUGAAGACUAAGAACUGCUUCUUUGAAAUAAUAAAGCCUUUUGAUAAGUACAUGAUGAGGCUCCAAGAUCGUCUUCUAAAGAGUGUCACACCUCUGCUUAUGGCCUGCAAUGCCUAUGAAUUAAGCAUCAAGACAAGUGGUUUCAGUAAUUCUGGAGAAAUGGCAGGUGCUUUUGAGACCACCAUUUCUCUGUGUCGUAAGUCCUUGGCACUUUUGGGGCAAACCUUUGCAUUAGCUUCUGCUUUCAGGCAAGAGAAAAUACUUGAAGCCGUUGGUCUCCAGGAAAUGGCUCCAGCACCAACGUCAUUCCCAAACUUUGAUGAUUCAACAUUAUUUGGAAGAGAGUACAUUGAGAACUUGAAAGCUUGGCUUGAGAAAAGUGGCUAUCCAAUUCAGAUGAAGAAAAUAGAACCCGAGUCCACAAUACAGCUUAAAAAAACUGCUCCUGAUACAAGACCUAAAAUGAAGAUUCCACAGCGAGCUGAUCGGAGAGUUGUAGAGACGAUUGAAAAGCUGGUGAACAGUAUUGUUACAGGUACUUUGUCAGCAAAAGAGAGGACUGCUCAGAAGAGCUGCCCUGAAUAUUGGUUCUUGUCUGAGGAGGAUAGUCUAGAAUACAAAUAUUACAGACUGAAGUUAUCAGAGAUGCAAAGAUUGACAUCAUCUACAAAGGAUGGAGGCAGAGAGGGGAAAACACCAGAAGAAUCUGCAACAGAAUCAGUGAGGGCAAUGUUGUAUGCGAGGAAAGUAGCAAGUAUCAAGAAAAGGCUCUUUAAAAGAAAAAGACUUGGAAUUUUUACACAACAUGGAGUUAGAGGCAGGAAAGUGAGAAAAUCAACUAUAGGGACACAGACUGUGCUUUCAGCUGGUACGAUGCUGAAACGUCAAGACAAGCUCACCCAAGGUUCGAUUCAGUCAAAAUCUUCCAUAUCAGAAAUCAGCAUGUCUGAGAAGAACUCUUCAUUGGACACAGCUGGAUCCUCACAGCAUGCCACCAAUCCGGAAGUCUCUCUGUCACUCGAAGAAGUGGCAGACACUGAGGAUUUAUUGGCAUCCACUGGACAUUCCCAGUCACUGUUGUCUCAAUUUCCUGAUGUGGAUGCUAAAACAAUGGAAACUGCUGAGAAGCUGGCCAAGUUUGUUGCUCAGGUCGGACCAGAAAUUGAGCAGUUCAGCAUAGAUAAUAGCGCAGAUAACCCAGAUCUUUGGUUUCUGCAAGACCAAAACAGUUCUGCUUUCAAAUUUUAUCGAAUGAAGGUGUAUGAAUUGUGCCCAUCCAUCAACUUUAGUGCUGUUUCAGAAAUAGCUGCACUUGGAGAAAGUGAUAAACCUGACGAAAGAAAUUUGGAUAAUUUAGAAGAUGAGGAGGAAGAAGAGGAGGAGGACGACAAUGAGGAUGAAGAAGAAGAAACUGAACUUGAGAAUAUCUCCCAGACCUUGGAAGAAGUGGAAAUGGAGCAUGCAGAGGAGGGGGAAGAAGAGGUCUCAGCGGGUAGUGCUGAGGAGAUCGCAUCCAAAGAGAUGCUAUCCAAAACAGGAGAAGAAACUUCAACAGGUGAAAUGCAGCCAAGCUCAGCUUCUGAUAGUACUACACCAAAUCUGUCAACACAGGUGCCAGCUUCUGCUCCUGGUACCCCUUUCCCUCGCAAAAGAAUCAGCAGCAAAUCUCUGAAAGUUGGCAUGAUUCCUGCAUCUAAGAGGGUCUGCCUCAUAGAGGAACCAAAAGUUCAUGAACCUGUCAGAAUUGCUUAUGACAGACCCCGAGGCCGCCCAGUUACAAAGAAGAAGAAGAAACCAAAAGACUUAGACUUUUUACACAAGAAAUUAACAGUUAAGAAUGUGGGUUUCCAGAUGCUUCAGAAGAUGGGCUGGCAAGAAGGACGUGGUCUUGGUUCACAAGGAAAAGGAAUCAAAGAGCCUGUGAAAGUGGGUACUACCUCUGCAGGGGAGGGCUUGGGUGCUGCAGGGGAAGAAAAUAAAGAAGAUACAUUUGAUGUUUUCCGUCAAAGAAUGAUACAAAUGUACAGGCAGAAAAGAGCAAGUAAAUAGGUUUGACACAAGAGACUCAUUUGCUAGAAAACGUGGACAUGCAAAAGCUGCUGUGUGAAAGGUUUUCGGCAUGCUGCCACUAUGAAGAACACUUUGUGCUGUGGCAGUGAACUUGAAUACUAAUGUACCAAAAACGUUUUCAAGAUUAAAGUUAGCCUUGUACUUAGAUGUGCAAGCUGACAACUUGGAUGUCAUCUUCUGAGGAAAAAACAACUGAUUUGCUCUCAGACGUGCCUGUUUACCUUUUGCUUUGGCUUAGAAUGCCUAUUAUGUGACAAGAUGGUUUGCUCCAAACAAUGUAAGCAACACAAAAAAUAUCAGCUGGAAAACCAGUCUGCCCCUUUCUCAGGCUGAGAAGAUUUUCAAAUUCAGAUCUCUUUGAGAGAUGGUUUUCCUCAGUACCAGAUGUUGCUUUAUUUUACUAAGCUUUUUUUGAAUGGCUGCAUCUUUUGAACUGCUGCUAUGAUCUGGACAAAGCAGUUCUUGAUAUUUUUUUCCAUUCAUAGAACAAUUUAAGAACAAAACCUUUUAAAGUAAGCGUGCAGGCAUGUAUGAAUCCAUGCCUACCUAUGUAGGACUUACAUAAUGAAUCCAUAUAAGACCAUCCAACUAUUCUGCCUAACAAAAACUUCAGCUGCUCAGAUUUUCGCUGUAACAAGCAAGCAGUACAAUUUCAAGUGUACUUGUUUUUACGUGACUUUGCAGGUCUUGCUCAAUAAAAUCUUGUAUAGUUUCUUUCCCUCAAAGAAAGAAAUCUGCAAACAAGGUGUAACUUGGAUUCUGCAGAAGAUUGGAACUAUGUUUUAAAAUAGUAUUGGAAGUCAAAUAUAGAAGAUCAUCUGGAAACCGAACAUCUGUUUUGUAAGUCAGAGCAUCACUUUAGGGAGUCAGCUUAUUUCUAAUCCUAUUGAAUAUUGUUCUUCAGAAGUUCUUUGACUGCAGGACUCCAGGAAAAUGAAACAAAACCUGAGGGUGUUAAAGAACUUUGUAUUCCAUUGUUCUCUCUUUAUUUAAAUAAAGAUGAGACUCCAGUAGUAUACUUUAUGCUUCAGUAACAAACAAACAAAAAAAAGUAUUCUUGGUGAAGCAGUUCCGAAGAAAUGAUGGAAGACUUAGCAGUAGUAUUGAAGGCAAAUGUUCAAGGUCUAGUUGAUCAUUUAUCUUUCACCAGGUUUGCAUGUCAGUAAAAAAUCCAUGACUGGAUUGCUCAAAGUGACAAUUUAAUAAUAUCAGUUGCACUUUUUAGCCUGCUCCUUUUUCUCCAUCGUUACACUUCUAAAAAUAGUUGAGCCUUCAUUUAUUUUUUUUUAACGUGGCAGUGGCAGAUUACUUCCUCUUUCAAGAGAAUUUGUCUUGAUCUAAUGUAUGUUUGGCUUAUUAGGUGUGCAGGUUUAAUGAUUUCAUUUGGCACUAUGCUGCUUGUAAUGCAAACAGCUUAUGGUACAGUCAAUACAAGUACCGUACAGUAAAGCAGCAGUGUCUGGCAUUCCUAAAUGAUGAAUAUGCAAGAAAACUUGAUCUCUGGUUAUCAGCUCACCUGUGCCUAUUGGGCAAAGAACAGUCAUCUCCUCAUUCUAAAAAUAAAUAAACCUGCUAAUUGAAAGGGAAUAUCUUAAUUUUCAUUCUUUAGCACCAAAACCUUUCCAUUCCUGUAAAAUCAAUUUACUUAGUUUAUGAAAGCAAGAUUUCUCUUUGCUUUGUGUGUGGGGGUGUGUAUGUAAGCAAUAAGCUACGUACCAUGCCACAGUGUAAUUUUCUGGUCACUCAAUUUUAAUGGCUUGAAAGCACAUGACCGCUAAAAAGAGCAAAUAGAGAAAUGAUUGUCAUGUUGGUACAGUUAAAUUUUUCCAUGAACGUCAUGCUUCUCCACCUUUACAUUACAAGAAAUUAGAGCAUCCAGGACCUUAAAUACAACUGUGUGUUUUCAAAGCUUGCCUGAUUCAUCAUACUUUAUUCAAGACAUUUGGUGAUACUACAAAGAUUUAUCCCAUAGGCUUUGCUUGGAAAUUUUUAGAAGCAUAAACCGCACAAUCAUGUUGGAGAAAGGCUGCCUUUAAGUUCAGCUGGUACAAUAUUUGGCAGUAUUACACUUACCUGAUAGAUUCCUAUUUGGAGAUGUUUUCCACUGCACUUUUUCCCUUUCCCAUGGUUAAUUAGACGUGUUGAAUGCAAAAACGGAGGGUUUUUUGUUUUUGUUUUUUAAAAGGAGUUCCACCAUUCAUGGUCUGUUGUAGAAUGAUGCUCUGGAACCAGUAGUGUUGGCCCAGGAGUUAUUUCUCAUACCCACUAAUAUGGGUUUAACUUCCCUUUGUUUCAUUGAUGAAGCUGCCACUGUUGCUGUUUUACAAUUAUUUUAUUUUAUUUUUUCCCCCACAUGCUUCCAGUUCACCUCUUCUUUCACAUUUACAUUUUGGAAGAAAAUCUCUUGACUACAUGCUGUGCUAUUUGGAGAAAGACACAAAUCAGUGUGUGGCUUCACACUAUGUUGGGAUGCAUUUUCUCAGCCCCCUCAACCCUGAUCACCAUUCUGGGCUGUUCUGGUUUAAACAGAUUGGGCACAGUACCAUUUGGGGUACAUUUGCUGAACACCUGCUUAUCCAGUCUGGAAAAUUUGAGUAUCCAGAUUGGAAAAUGGUACAUUCCCUGCUGAUUUCAACUCAAUUUAGAGCAAUUUCCUUGAGUAUUAUGCACUCUUGAAAAUGAAUGUGAACAGUAGUUCCUAAGGGAAUCUUAAUCUGCUGCCCUGGAUAACUGUAGUAUGGUCAAUCUUUCUUGUGCCAAGCGUUAAUUUUGGACAAGAUAUCAGCAGAGCAGCACUGGUGCUAAGAUUCCAGUGUUGCUCUCAAGUGGGUUUCUGUGUACCACUUUUAUCUUGUUUUACCAAGAGAUGACCUUACUCUCCUUUGGCAAAAGGAAUUCCCCUCCCCCCUUUAUUUGAACCUGCUUUUGCAGGCAGCUCUGAUUUGAAAUUUUAAAUACAGGUACAUAUGUGAAACAUUGUGCAGAUACAUUGCCUUGUUUACUAGUUUCUUUUCUGUUAUUUUAGUUUCCAGGCUCUCUUCCAUGAAGACUACAAGCGUCAGUGAACAUUUUAACUAACUUCAGUGGUGUGUCUGCUGUCUUUUGGUUGUUUUUACUGUUGAUGAUCUUGUAGAGCAAUUUGCUAGUUUUUGUUCUGUGCAAAUUGGCAGUAGUGCUAAGCUAGUAAUAAAUAGAUGCUUGUAUUAUUGGAUAACUAAAGUUUCUUUUUAGUACAAGUAAAGAUGUUAGCAUUGUUAAUCUUUUAAAAUCUGCAAUAAAUGUAGAGACAAACAGUUUCCUCUUGGCUUCAAUGAUGUUUUGCAUGUGAAUGUGGGAAAUAUGCACCAUUUCUUUAGUACUGAUACAUGAAAUUGGGAUUAUAUAGUGUUAUAUCACAAUGCAAUCAUCCAUUUACAGGGUUGCUUUUUGGAUUAUUUCAGAGUUGUUUGAUUUUCGUAGGGUUCAAGUGCAUUAAACAAGGGUACCAUGGUAUUAUCUCUGACUUGAAUGUCAGUUCCAGUUUGUACCAGCCAGAAUGAGAGAGUUAUGUUCUGGGCUCCUACAACCCAGAAGCCAAACCUUAUCUCUAUGAUUAUCGCUGGUGCAGUGAGCUAUUUCAAACAACAAGCAAAAAUAGCUUUAUGUAUAAAGAAUAACUAAAAUUGACCAUUUGGGGGGGCAGGGUAGAGCCACAGCAAAGUGAAACGUUUUAUCAGUAAUAGUUGCUGUCAAGAGUCAUUAGAGAAGUAAAGCCUAUUCAGUGUAUGGUAAUUUGGGAAAGAGAUACAAGCCCCAGUGUAAGAGCUGUCCCUUGCUCCUGUACUGACAGUUCCUGGUAGCUGUACAGAGGUGGGGAGUACUAAGUGUGGGGUCAGGGAGGGAGACUACUCAUUUGUUUGCUUGAAAGGUGCCCUAAUGAAGCAGAAGAAUCUCCUGUGCAAAUAGUGCACUGUUAUUUGAAACAGAUGUGUUGGACUAAUACAACUGUUCUUAUUCUGUUACUUGCAUAUCUUAAAUGGUAUGUAAUACCGAUAAUCUAUUUUCUUCCUGUUUAUAAAAUUUACAAAAAUCUAUAGCCUCUUUAAUAUAUAAACAUUGAAAAAUGCAGAAAUAUUAAGCUUCUUAAAUACAGCACACAGUGUUUUUAUUUGUAUUGAUGUUCUGUUCUGCUGUGGCUAAAGUUAGUUGUGGUUCAUUUUGCCCAAAAUAAGUCUGGCCCCCUUCUAAAUGUAAUAAAUUUUGAUGCAUAAAAAUA